GGCAGGUGGCUGGUCCGCACCUGGGAGCUCCGCGCGCCUGCUCCCCUUAGUUCCGCGCUGGGGCAGGAUCUGCGCGGGCCGCAUCCCACGCGAAGGAGAAGGUAGGCGAAGGGCUGCCCUCCAUUGGGCGGGAGGGCAGCAGGGAGGCCCCCAACGCCCACCCAGGCGUUGACGCCGCUGUAUCUUGCGUCGCCUGGGCGGUGGAAGCAGGAGACCUCCUGGCGACUGGUGCGUUCCCGCGCUCCAGGGAUCCUCCCGGCACCCCGCCCACCCCACCAAUCUCUCUCCUUCUCUUUGUGCCCCCAGGUCGGGGAAAGAGCCGUGGCCGGGUCCCCUUCUUAUCCAGCCCGAGACACCGCGCCCGGUGGGCGUCCCUGCGCUGGGAAUCCCGCUCGGAGUUUUUCCAAGCCCGGCCGGGCUGUGCGGGGAAAGGCCCUGGUGAGGGAGGUGGGCCCGGAGCUGGCGGUCUGCAGUCCGGUUGUAAGUGCUCGCAGUGGGGGAUUCAGGGUGCAAAUGAUCUCCCCGCGAGCGGGAACGCCCGGACAAGACAACCAGCCCCAGCCCAGCAUUCCCAGAGCCGCGUGCGGGAGGGACGCAGGGACUCCGGGACAGCAAAUCCCCAGCUCCGGUUCCGUGCAGCCUCUCCGGCCUCUCGCCUGGAAGCCCCGCCCAGGGCGAUGGUCGGGGCCUAACCUGCCGGCUCCGCCCACCCGGCCCUUGGGCUCCCUGAGGCCCGCCCAGCCGACGUGAGUGCGCUGCGGGGUCCAUGGGGAAGGGGCGCCGGGGCGGUGUCCUCCUUGGGGUUUGUUGGUCCAGCUCUGGGCAGCUCGAUGACCCCGCCUCCGGGACCCAGUGUGCUUAGUGACUCAGUUUACACUUUUUCCUAGUCGAGGAACGCUUGAGAAAGUGGCGAAGGAGCCCUACGGGGGGCCUGGUUGGACCCUGCUCCUUCAGUCCCUCAGCCUCGGCAAGCGGCGGUCUCCUGGCCCCUGGUCCGGGUCACCUUAGGAGGCAGGAGGAGAUGUGGUCAGUGUGGGAGCUUGGAGGGGCCAUGCACUUCCGGAGAAGAACACCGACUCGUGGCUUUGGUGGAGGGGUGCAGGCAGAUUUAGUUAGGCUAUCCCCCAUCCCUGACACACUGGAGCCGGGGCGGGAGCGGGGCUUGUGACCACUCCGGAGAGCUUUGGGAGCCCCUGCUCUGGGACUCCACACGGAUAGUCACUGUCUCAGAGUGCAUUCUCCAGGGGCCACUCUCGUGGAGGAACCCGGGGGGUCCCAGGGCAGGUGGGCAGCCUUUUUCGGGGUGGGGGUGCGGUGUGAGAGCCGGAGAGCAGGGGGCGGGGCGGGCCCGGCUGGGGCUCACGUCUGCGUUGAAGCCGCUGGGGAAGGAGAGAGAAACCAAGAGAACCGGUUCCCCCGCCUUGACAGCGGAGGCCCUCACACCAAGGCCCUUGGACUAAACCGGGCAGGGACAGCCCGCAGGUAAAGCUAUUCUCCGGGGCGUCUGCAGAGCCCGCAUCCCAACCCUGACCGAGGGGCCGGGGCGCAGGCUCCUGGAGGGAGGCGGUGCUACGGGACUCUGCGGAUUCUCUGCGGGCGGGAGGCGUCCAGGCGGGACAGGGCCCGGGGAGCGGCUGGCAAUGGGCUGCUCUUCCCACUUGACUGAUGGAAAACUAAGGCUCAGUCAACUGAGUAAGCGUGGUGUCGACCUCAGAGCAGGUAAUCACCCCUCGUUUUAAAGCCAAGGUUUCCCUCGCAGUCGAUUUGGACCAAGACUACCCACAAUCUCCCCACCGCAGGACUGAAGCGAGGCUCAAAUCUUAGAAUCAACCCCACGGAAUGAAGGGGUUGUCCUAAUUCCAGCACUGAGUGUAAGAAUGGAAGCCUUACACGUGAUUUUAUUCAAGUCCCCAUUUUAGAAAUGGGAAAACUCAGGCCCGAAGGCGAACGGCGAAUGCAGCAUCGGGACUCGAACCCAAGUCUGUCCCCGAGUGCGGGGCUAUUCCAGGCUUGGUGGUCUUGACCUCCACGGCCCUCCUCCUUGUUGCCUGCAGAAAAACGCCGCGGCCACGAUGGCGGCGUAUGUGGAGGGGGAUGUGUACCUGCUGGUGGAGCACCCCUUCGAGUAUUCCCGCAAGGACUGGCGCCGCGUGGCCAUCUGGCCCAAUGAGCUCUACUGGCUGCUGCGGCGCAGCACGGAGCACUGGUGGCACGUGCGGCGCGAGCCCGGCGGCCACCCCUUCUACCUGCCCGCGCAGUACGUGCGCGAGCUGCCUGCGCUGGGCAAAUGACCUCCCGCGAACAGGAACGCCUGGACGAGACAACCUGCCACUGCCGCGCCGCCAGGUCCCCCCCACAGUCCCCUCGGUCCCCGAGCCGCUCACCUGCGACUACCGGCUUGUGAGCGCGGCGGCGGCAGCGGGCCCCGACGGCGCCCCCGCGGAGCCCCGAGGCCGCGCCAGCUCCCUGUGCGGCCCUUCGCAACGCGGCGCCGCGACCCAGCGCAGCAGCCUGGCGCCCGGCCUGCCCGCCUGCUUGUACUUGCGGCCUGCGCAGUCCCUGGACUACCUGGCGCGCACCGCCGUCUCGCCUCCCGCCGGCCACCUCGGAAGCAGCGGCAGCUUCAAGGCCUGCAGUGUGGCGGGUUCCUGGAUGUGCCCGCGGCCCCUGGCGCGCAGCGACUCAGAGACCGUCUACGAGGCCAUCCAGGAUGUGCACGGCCCGCCGCGGGAGGAGAGCGGGGAACAGGGGUGGCGCGCUGGGGACCGCGCCCGCACGGAGCCGGGGCGCGAGGAGACCUGCUCGGCUCAGCGUCGGGCACGAUGCCCACCUCUGUCUGAAGACUUGGAAUGAGCUCCCUCUCCCCAGCCGCGAAACGGGAGCGGUGCAGGCCCCCAGUCCCUCAUCUGCGAUUCCCAGGCUCCAAAGCUGCCUGGAAGCCCAGAAGUUUUUCGUAAUCCAAUUGGUGGCAAAAUUGCGCUUGAACUGAUGUGAGGCUGUUGAUGGUCUUUAUUUGUCAAACUUGUGUGAAUAUUCAUGUUUUGCUGCAGAAAUGCAAAUGAGCUCGAUGGCCGGCUGCUGCCCCAAGCCCUGCUGGGAGGUUAUGUAACCUACAGCAGGUGUGUGCCCCAUAGUCUCUUUCCAAGUCCCAGCUGUUCUGUAUUCCGAAGCGCAUCUGGGCACGGAACGGGGGAUUGCGGGCUUGCCGCCGGCUCAACAGCCUUGCCAGUCUCCCAGGAGCCUGGGGUCAGAUGAGAGGGUGGAUGUGAAAGUCAGGCGUCUGUUUCCCUUUGAGGGUGCUUCCAACAUUUCAGAUGGGUUUGUUUGGGUGCUUCCAACAUUGAUGGGUUUGUUUCAGAAAGGCGUCUGGUUAUGGUGAGGUUGUUUUUUUCCCCUCUUCAGAACCCGGUUGUGUCAAUCAGGGAAAUCGAAAAUAAAGCACGUUUUAAAAACA